AUGACUGAAGUCAAUCUGCAGGGUGAUGAUUGGGACUUACCGUGUUCAGAUGACGAACUUACAAAACAUGGCACUAAUAUUGGAAAAAACUGGGUGGUGGACGCAAACGAAUUAGAAGAACUUUACAAUACUAUUGAUAAAGGCGGAAGUUUGUCGCUGGAAUGGAAAUGUUCAGGUCGUCGAGCGCCUUCGCCAAUACCUGUGACGAAAGAAAGUAAGCCUGAAGUGCUUGUCUCUCCUGUAAGAGAAGAAAAGUCUGAUUUCGAUUUUAUGGAUGAAGUAAGUUCGCUGCGAUUGCGAGUGCGACGGGAGGGCGAAGACACGCUCCGCGGUUCUGCCAAGAAGAAAACGACGUCGUUUGAUGGCAUUCUAUCAAACCUGAUUCGUCACAAGCGCAUUGAGCAAAUGGAAAUGCAAGCAAACACACCCACUUCAUCAUCCCCAAGCACCUCUUGA